GUUGACUUCUAUCUGGGAUGUGACAUUACCAGACCAGCUUUAUUUAUUACCGUGUACCUUAAUUCAUUCCAGCUUUCAUUUUGAUUGUGAUGUCUGAAUUUUCCACGGCGCCAAAGGCCACACACAUGACUAGCAAAAGAUUGAGGAAUGCGACCAAUCUCUCACGAGAAUUCACCAUGGUGCGAAUUAUUCAUCAAGGAUCGAUGGAAUGCACUGGGCUUACGUUCGUCUUUUUGCAUGGAAUUGUCUCCGAUCUCAGCUUGUACUGCAACUAUACCGCUCUUACAAAGUGGGAUACGAUAAGCACAUCGACAAAGGUUCUCCUAAUACUGUGGUCAAUAUCCUUCCAAACGUUUUGGGCCAUGGUGCUCGAAGUCUGUGGGAGAUUGCAUAUGCUUUCCGGAGAGGUGAUCAAGUCUUGGAAACAGAAAAUAUACCGGGAUAAAUAUGACCAAAAAUAUUUCUCAAAAUUUCGAAAGUGCCAGACACCGCUGGUCAUUGGGAUGGAAGGGGUCUUCAUAUUUACGAGAAAACGAGCGAUAAUAUUCCUUCAAGCAAUUGUGAAAGGAACGUUCCGUGCUUUGCUGACAAUGGGAAAUAAGCAUUAAGCAUAAAUUAAAUACUUAAAUUAUAUGGAAUAUCAGGAAUAUGUAUAUGUAAUUCUUAUAAGUUAAAUGAAACAUGUGUAAGUAAAUAUGUAAAUAUUUAUGUAAGUGUA